AUGGGAGCUAUUUUGAAUACUCUUCCUUUGAAGGAUACGGACAAUUUAUCACAUUUAUCACCAAAUCGUGCCGAUUGGUUAACAUCUCAUGCUGACGCCACGGGACUUGCGGUUGUCGAGGUCGAACGAUUGUGGAAUCGUUUCAAACAGUUAACAGGUUCCACAGAACACACGCAUUUGUAUCCGGAUAACAAUGCGUUACCUAAUGAAUUAUCCAACGAUAUUUUCGUUAAAAAUCUUUUGAAACAUUUUCCACGGUCGAAAGCAGAUCCAAAUAGUAUCCCAUUUGGAUACUUCUUACUGGUGAUGCACUGGUUUGAUGAAGCGUCGAUAAAUGAUAAACUCUCCGCGCUCUUCAUCUAUCUGAAUAAUGGUGAUGCAAUUGAUGCGGCGAUGAUUGCUAAGCUUUUAAAACAUGUUUAUCGAGAAACUAAAGACGAUGAUAUUCGUUUGCUAUCUAAUCAAUUCAUGCAACAGUUAGGGGCAACGGACCAAGGUCGAUUAAAUAUGGCUCAGUUUAUUGCUGGUGUUCAGCGCUGUUUUGCGCCGGGAGAACUUGAAGAACUUUUGAAAUUCGAAAUCAUUCCGGGCCACAUUCUCGAAGAAGCCAAUGCAGUACCUUCACUACAAUCAUCAUCAAGCAAUCUUCGCGACAACAACGGCAUUGCUGCAUCGGAUCUUGUCACUGAAAGUCAUAUGAAACAAAUCGCUCAUCAAGCAUCACGUCGAAAUUGGACGAAGCUAGCUGUAACACUCGGCUUUCUCGAAUAUGAUAUCGAAGCUUUCAUUGCCAAAAAUAAUAAGGAUUCAUCAGCAGCAUUGUUAGAAUUGUUACAAGUUUGGCGAGAACAAGAAGGUGGACUCGCGACAAAACGCCGAUUGAAGCGUUGUUUAGAACAAAGCGAUUUACAAGACCUCGCUCCGAUACUCAACUAG